GGCAUUCUGUAUGAUUCUCUGUUUGCCUUCAUAUCAUUUAUGUGUGGCAUUUGGAAAAAUUAGUUUGAUUAGAAAAUCUAAACGUAUAAUUUUAAACUUUGUGAAAAAUUUGUGUUAAAUGCUUUCAGUGAAUGUAAAUUUGAAUAAGUUGUAAACAAAAUUUGAAAAAUUCGGAAAAAAUUUGAAGCAAAUAAUAAUUUAAGUGUGCAUACAUACAUAUAUAAAAAGUUUUGGUUUAAAGGACUUUUUAUUGCAUCGCUUGUGUUGACGCCUAGCGUUCCCUAUAUUGUUACUUAAAUAAUACACACCGCGUCAAUGUAAAAGAGGAAUAAAAACAAGAAGUCCAAAUUACGUCCUUGGCUAGAAAAUGGAAAGCAUCGAAAUGCUUAAAGCACUUUACGACUUCCAGGCGGUCUAUCCCAAAACGAUAAGCUUCGAUGAAGGAGAAUACUUCAUACUAUACCAGACUUCAGCACGUCAACGGAACUGGUGGCAAGUAGUUAGCAUGAAAGGCAAUAUUGGUUUUGUGCCAUCAAAUUACGUAAUGAAAAUUAAGGUGGAACCGGAUUUUCUCAUCAGUUUCCUCAACUCCUCAAUUGAGUCACUUGAAAAGUCAAAAGAAACGGAAAUCAAUGGAAUUAUGCCCAAAGAAGAGCUAUUGGAGCGGCUGCGCGAGAAGAAAAUGGCCAUGGAGAGAGUUUACUUGGACUAUUCAGAACGUGACUGCGACUCUUCCUUGUCUUUUUCGCAAAGUAUUAGCGAGAAAAAUUGCUCCAAAUCGCAUAAUAAUCGUGCCACUUCCGCUUCAGCGCAACCAACACCGCACAGUCCACUAAGUCCACCGCGUUCAAAUCGCUUGGAUAGCAAUAAAAAAUCGAUGUCUAGCCCAGCUGUCGGUAUUGUGUUGCCACAAAUUAUGCAAGAAUCAAAUAGCAUGGGCACCAUGCAGAUACAGACACAGCAAUCACAACAGCAACAGCAGCAGCAGCAGCAGCAACAACAACAGUCACAGCAAUCGCAAACACAAACACAAAGCAGCAAUAAAGCCAGUGAUAUCACACAGGAUAACAGUGUCACAUCAGAGCCUUCAGAGACUACCACAACUACAACGACAACAAGCGAAGAUGUGGUGACCACAUACAAAGAACCUAGUCAACGUGAAUCGCCCGGCCAAAGCCAGAGCCAUGCCAAACAGAAUGGCAGCGAGCGAAAAUGUGAGGCGGGGGAUGCUAAUGGCAGUGGCGGUGGCGGUAAUAGCUGCAACGGUGCUGCUGUUACCGGCAAUGGUAUAACUGGCGGCACAAAUACCUUAACUGAUACCAGUGAGCAUUUCAAUGAUGAGAAGUUCGCUGAGAAAUCCGAAGGCAGUGAACCGGGCAGCGAUGGACGCGACGUUGCCACGUUGGCGAACGAUGGACGUGGUGAUUUUACCAACAGUGUUGAGAAUAGCCAAGCGCUGGAUAGUGAGGAAUUAGCUGUGCAGCAGGCUUUGCCAGCAGGUGCUUCCGGUACAACUAUAGUUACCACAAAUACUGCGGCAUAUGGCGUGACACGCGCUGAUUUGAAGGUGGAAUCCUCUGAUGUUUAUCAAAUUGUAGAUAUAAUAAGGCGUAAUACGAAUUUAAGCUUCGAUUUGUCAUGCGAAGCUUUACGCGUCGUCCUCACUAGUCUAGAGCAAUUAUAUAACGGUGCCAUAAAUCCAUACUUAGAGGCUGUGGCGAUACAUGUAACCGACAAAGUGGAGACACCAAAAGCCUUGUUGGGCAUGACGCAUGACUCGAAGCGUCUACAGUACAUAUUCUCGCAGCUGGCGGAUUGUAAAAACGAUACGGAGCAACGUUCGUGGAUGUUGUACGAAGAUGAGGAUGAUAUAAUACAAUUUCUCGAAGAACUAGUGGAAAUUUUGAAUAACGCCGACGAAAAUAUUAGUUGUUAUGAAAUGUCGUGCGACCAGUACCAGGUGCUUAUUAAUCUAGUGCAGUAUUAUCAAAUGGAAACGCGUUGGCCUAUUAAACAGCUAUUGCUGAAGACUUUUACCGCUGCUUGCCAUUUGGACCAUAUUAUAGUCGAUAUUUUACUGACAUCUGUAUUGCCAUUAGAAAUUGUAGAAGAUAUGAAAACCAAUUUUGCCAACUUAGAUAAAUUUAAGAAACUUGUCAAAAUGUUAACAAUCGUCUUUUCAUUAGGUCAACCAAUGCCAGUAAAUCAUCAAGAUUAUCUUGGUGUGCACUUUGCGAGUUUCCUUUUAGAAAUCGUUGAAGGCAACAAUCCGGAAACUCUAGUCGAUAUGGUUAUAUCCUUAAUAUUGGCAUUCAAUCUGCAAUUCACCGACUUUUCGCAAAAUGUUGUCGUUGAAGCCAUGCAAAGUUUGCCCAGCGCUAAAAUAUUCACUGAGAAAAUACUGUUAUUAUUAAAUAGAGAAGAAGAUCCAAUUAAGUUGUUGAAACACUCAACGGAUACCAUGAAUUCAGUGCUGAAAAUGUUUAUCGAUAUCUUCAGCAAUCCCGAUACGGCUGGCAUGUUUUACACGAAUGACAACAAAGUGCUCAUUGAUAUAUUGGUGCGACAAUUGUCCGAUUUGUGUGCCGGUAAUCCGAUGCGUCGUUGCUACUUGGAACUAUGUCGACGCAUUCUACGCAAUACUAAUUAUGCUGAGCACCAGCAUCGCAAGCAGGACUUUAUGAAAAUAUUCACACGCAUAUUUUGCGAAGAAACCGAGUGCAGCGCUUCGGAUCAACAGUUAGUGCGCGAGAUCGCUAACGAAUUUCCACAAUUAUUCAAAGCCUAAAGGCUGGAACGGCAUUUAUGGUAGGGUAGGUUGGGAGGAGGAGAAAUGCAUUUCGAUGACUGAGCUAAUUGUAGUAAAUCCUUAGUAUGACUAUAUUAUUUACUAAAAACCGUAACACAAAAUUUAACUUUUAUUUUGUAAACAAUGCUAUUUUGUAAUGGAAAUUUUAAUGCAGCUUUUACUUUAAGUGUGUUUGUCGCUUCUUCAUUUUUUGUACAUUUACUUUCGAUAAAUUCGAAUUCUCAUUGUUAAUAAUAACAAUAAAUUAACAAAAAAAAAAUUAUUUAUAAAAAAUUUAAUUAAUUAAUUUAUUUAUUAGAUUCAAGUAUUUAUACAUUAGUAUUAAAAGCAUACCUUAUUAAGUACUUUGUUAAGUGCGAAAUGUUCUAAACGGCAAAGAAGCAUACGCUCACUCAGCUGGCAACGCCACACCAGCGCAUAACAAACAUUUGUUUGUGCGCAUGUGGCAUGUUAACGGCGCAACAAACAAAAAAUAAUAAUAAACUUAAGCAAUUAGUUAAGCAGAAAUAUUGAAACAGUUUGCAAUAUUUGAAAUUAUACCUGAAAUAUUAUAAAAAAUAAUAAUUAUAAAAAAUAAGUAUAUUUAAUAUCGAUGUAACAUUAUAUGAGCCCUCAGUGUGCACGCACUCAUUCGCAAGGCUAAGUGGUUGUUCCAGGAACAAAGCAUCAAAUGAAAUACUCAAUGAUUUCUGUUUGUCAACAAGAAAGCGCGCAGCCAAAGCAUAAAUUGCACAAUAAACUGAAAGUUUUAAACGGUAUUUUAUGCGCACCUCGUUAAAUAUUAAUUGUUUUCAAAAUACUAAAUUCUAACAAAGAUCUAUAUUAGCUUUUUAAAAUAACAACAACUAGUCCGACAUACAAAUAUUAAUUUAAUUUUUUUUUUAUUCAUAAGAAAACUUACUUUAAGCACAAAUAUUUAGAUCAAAAUGUAAUCGAAUUGGCGUUUGCCGCGUGCAGCAACACAUUUUUACCUUCUAAAAACAAUUCUAAUGCAGAACAACGUAACGAAUAAACGAAGUUAAUAAAUAUAUACAAAUAUAACAAAAACAAAAAAAAAAAA